CCCAGAACAGCUGACGGCUGCGGCACGUAAAGAGCACUCUGCUGUUCCGCCUCUUUGCCCCUCGGUCGUUCACAAGUCGACGCGGCCUCCUCCUCCUCUUCCCUCGCUGCUUCGUUGAAGUCUGCGGGCAACCGGAACAAAUAAAACAAAUCACCUCCCUCGGGAAGACGGCAAUGGCCUCCGUUGUGCGAAAAAUCAUCAGCACCGCCAAGGCGCCCGGUGCCAUCGGGCCGUACAGCCAGGCCGUGCUUGUGGAUCACACCAUGUACAUCUCAGGACAACUGGGGAUGGAGCCACAGUCGGGUUCGCUGGUGGCAGGAGGCGUUGCCAAUGAAGCACGCCAGGCUCUUGUGAACAUGGGGGAAAUCCUAAAAGCAGCAAACUGUGACUACAAUAAUGUCGUGAAGACGACGGUUCUGCUUGCAAGUAUGGAUGACUUUGCAACUGUGAACGAGGUGUACAAAGAAUUUUUCAGCAAGAAUUUCCCCGCCCGUGCCGCGUACCAAGUUGCCGCGCUUCCAAAGGGCGGGAAGGUGGAGAUUGAGGCGAUUGCUGUUUUGGGCCCCAUCACGGAGAGCAACUUGUAACAGUCUGCCAGAAAUACAGGACGAUCCGCUUAAAGAUUCCUCCCCUCCCACCACUGAUUUCUUAUGAACCUCUUUUCAUCAAAACAGCCGACUGAAUAUUGUGAAAGAGACGAUGGUUCCAUAUUUUACAGACGAGUGUUAAAAUCAUUGGAUCAGUGGUAUUGAGAUUCUGAGAGAGACCUUUAACGUUUUUUAAAAUAAAAUGUUGUCUCUAUAAUGUCUCCCUGAUGUUUUAGCAGGGUAGCUGUAAAUGGAACACUGUCUCUUGUGAAAACUAACAUCUCAUGUAGACAAUGAAAUGAAUUAGACACUCUGCUCUGUAGACUUUACGACAAAAUAAAUUAAAGCCUGCUGUAAGAC